AUGAUUCGAAGAACAAGCGACAGUACUUCUUCUUCCAACAAUAAUCAAAGAACAAGUCAGUCAUCAUCCAAUAAUAUCCUAAACACUCCACCAUCUCCAAUGCUUGCCAAUUCAUCUUCUCUCACCAACACCAACUUUCUAUCUUCUCCAAAUUCAAAUUCUUCCAAUAAUUUAAUGUUGACACUCAAUUCGAAUACAGUUUCGAAUAGCACAAUGAUGGCAACAAAUAGUUUCAAUAAUAAGAGAUGGGGAUUGUCUCCUUCGGCUUCUUCGUUACUUUCGUUAGAUUUACAAACGAUGAGUCAUCAGACGCCAAUUCUUCAUUCCUUGUUGGCCUCUCCGAAUUCGAAUAGUUUAAAUCAGAAUCAUCAUCAACAAUACGAAACUAACUCUUCAGCUACUAUUCUGCUAUUGGAUGAAGUUUUACUGGAAGAUCAUCACGAGAAUGAAGAUGACCAAGUUGUAAAUAAGAAUAACAUGCGCAGUUGUACGUGUUGUGAAAUGCCAAUUGACCAAACAAUUAUAGAAAGACAUGCAAAGGAAAACGACUUUUUAUGUAAAUACUUUUUCAAAGUGUUGCCAACUCAUAAAGUUAGAAUACUUACUAAACAACAAAAGGAUCUCAUUAUGGAAGAUCAAUUAUUAGAUGAUGUGUUGACUUCUGAAGAGGAAGAUGACGAAAAUGAUUUGAAUAAUGAACCUAAUAGUUUAGAUGCUCAUUAUUUGAAUUUGAUUUCGAGUGCUAUUCAGAAAGAAGUUAGUGCUCUGGAAAGACCAUUAAUUUUCAAUCAUGUGGUUACUGAACCAUUUUGGAGAUUAUUGGAAAGUUCAAUUAUUUAUUCACCAGAUAAUUGCCAAAAUUCAACAGUGAAUGAUAAUUUGGCAUUAUCCACGAGUCCUAACUGUCCUACUUCACCUGGUACUCUCAUGAUGAAGAUUUAUUCGAGUUCUACAACUAGUAAUUAUGCCAAUAAUUCAUCACUGGUUCACAUUGCUGCCAAACAUAAUCGAGUUGAGAUUUUGGAAUGGUUAAAAUCAUGUUGUUGUGAUCAGGAGUGCAAUAUUGAGAAUGAUUCACAUUCUACAAUGUGUAUUUCCAGACAAAUCACAUUGUGGAAUUUGAAAGAUUACAAUGGGUCAACUCCACUUUUUUGUGCAUGUCAAGGUUGUCCAACUUCAACAGCCAAUGAAGCUGGUGUUUUCCUAAUGAGCCAAAUGCAAACACUCGAUCCACUCUCCAAGUACAUUCACCAAACUGACAAUUAUGGAAACUCUCCACUCUCCCUCUGCAUGAGAAAGAGAGAUUGGAAAAUGUGUGACUUGCUCAUUCUCUUUGGAGCCAGUAUCGAUGGAAACACUGGUGCAUUUGGAGAGAGUUUACUCCACACUUCAAUGAGAGAUUUGGACAUGUUGAGAGUUGAAUUCAUUGCCAAGAGAGCUCCAAAGGCCCUCCUGAAAAAGAAUCAAAAAGAAGAGAAUGCUCUCUUUUCAUUGGUGAAAGAUUUCAGAUGUAAUGUGAAUGCAGGAAGAUCAUUCAUAUUGGGAAGUAGUGAUUUCUCAACCAUGUCAACGAAUAUAGCACAAACAAAUUGUACGAGUCCAGAGAGUCCCUCCCCAACUUCACCUUACAGUGAAACUAAAUCAGCAUUGAGAAGUGCUGUGAAUAGAGCUUUCCCUAAGGAACAGAGAAUUAAUUUUAUUCGAAUGAUUCUUGAGAGUGGAUCGUCAGUAUUUGGUAGGGAAGUCUUUGAAAAGGCAUUGAGCUUGAAGAAUCAACAUGGACGAAACUUUUUAUUAGAAUCAGUGGCUUGUGGCGACCAUAUUGCCACAAAAGAAAUUGUAAAUAGUCUUUCAAUACUUUCACUAGUAGCAGAGGAAUGCUGUAGUGAUCCUAGAAAACUAAUGGAAUCAAUAGUUUUCACAAAUGAUAGAAAUUCAAAGAAUAUUCUUCAUCUUUCGAUUGAAUUCGCCACGAAACGAAUGAAUCAACAUAAUAGAGAGGAUUACCAAACGUGGUUGGAUAGUUUCUACUUUCUCCUGUCAUGGUUAGAUGAGAAUCUUGCAUAUGGUGCCUUAUUUAAUAGAGAAUGCACUGGAUUAUUAAGUGGAAAGGAUUCGAAUGGUUUAUUUCCACACCAAUAUCUUGAAAAGGAAGUUUCAAAUAAUCAGAGUGAUAUUAGAUGGAAGAAUGUUUUGGAAAUUAUGAAAUCUUAUGAAUCCAAGUGGACUUUCAAUUCGAAAGGUGCCCUUCCAUCAAAUGGACUUUCGAAUAACUCAAAGAGAGGUUCAACAAGUAAGAAACAAUCAAUUUUCUCAUUUCUUACUUCUCAUCAACCCUCUGAAGAAAUCAUGACACCAAAGAAGAUUAGGCAACUUUCCAGAAAAUCAGGAAACUUCACACCAAAGAAACUUGUCACUUCUGAAGCCUUUUCGAAAGAUUCGGCUUUGUUAUCCGAAUCUAAGGAUAAGUUGGCAGCGCCACUGAAACCACAUAAGGAAAGUUUCCUUACUGAUCACUCUACUUUAUAUUCGAAUAGUUCACAAAGUAUAGUUUCGACUGUUAGCAAUUUGAGCAGUCAUUCGAAUGCAACAAAUUAUUCUGAGCCUUCAAAUAGAACUCAGAAACUCUUUUCUGGAAUUAUGAAAAAGUUAACAGGAAAGAAUAAAUCCUAUCUCUAUUAGAAAGUUUAAAUUUUAUCUUGCAAUAGAGUUUCGAAUAAAUUUAUUAGAAUAGUUUAAU